AUGAAGUCGGUGAAGAAUUGGGUUUUCUUCCAGAGAGGUGGCAUUGAUGUGUGGAAUUCAGAUCUUCGGGUCGAUGGUGGGGCGGCUUGUUUCUCGUCCCGGGUUAUCGCGAGUAUCAAACGGAUGGAGGAUUUGCUGAACAAGUACCCGGUUGCCCACCCGCAGGAUGAGUCGGUUACCGAUUUGAGGGAUAAAAUUGAGGUUUGA